GCGGCUCCGCUCCUUCUUCCCAUCGGCCUCGGCUUGCGGGCCUUUCAAACAUGGAGGAGCGGGAGCGGGGGGCGAGGUCGGCUCUCGCCGGGAGCCCCGCGCGCCCGCCCAGCCCGCGGCUGGAUGUCAGCUCUGACAGCUUCGACCCUCUGCUGGCCCUGUACGCGCCCCGCCUGCCGCCCAUCCCCUACCCCAACGCACCCUGCUUCAACAACCUGGCCGAGUACGAGAGCUUCCUCAGGACUGGGGUUCGGGGCGGCGGGCGCGGGCGGGCGCGGGGCGCGGCCGCGGGCUCAAGGGUCCCCGCCGCCGGGCUUUCAGCCAGAACCCGUCGCCGCCAGGACGCCCCCGCUCCAGACCCUGAGCGAAUCCAGCGCCUCCGUCGCCUCAUGGUGGCCAAGGAGGAAGGGGACGGGGCCGCCGGGACGCGCCGGCGGGGUCCGGGUCGGAGCAGGAAGGCGCCGCGCAACGUGCUCACGCGAAUGCCCUUGCAUGAAGGCAGCCCUCUGGGUGAGCUCCAUCGUUGUAUCCGGGAGGGAGUGAAGGUGAAUGUUCACAUCCGCACUUUCAAGGGUCUUCGGGGCGUCUGUACAGGCUUUCUCGUCGCAUUUGACAAGUUCUGGAAUAUGGCACUUACCGAUGUGGAUGAGACCUACCGAAAACCUGUUCUAGGCAAAGCGUAUGAGCGGGAUUCGUCAUUGACUCUCACUAGGCUGUUUGAUCGCCUAAAACUUCAAGAUUCCUCCAGAAAGGAAGCAGAUUCUAAGUCUGCAGUUGAAGACUCCACUCUGUCCAGAUAUUCCCAGACAUCUACUUGGAAGGUGGCUUCAGUGUGGGGAAGAGAAGAUACUGACCGGGGCUCACGCAGGCGCUCCCGCUCCGUCCCUUCUUCCCUGCAGGCGUCUGCAAGGGAGGAGUCCAGGUCAGAGAUGUCAGGGAGGACUACACGGACAGAAGGGUCAAGUGCGGGAGGUACCUUUUCCAGGGCUACCACCCUUUCCAGGGGCCAGCCCCGUAAGAAAAAGCGAAAGCCCAAAGUGGAUUACCAGCAGGUAUUCACUCGACACAUAAAUCAGAUUUUCAUUAGAGGCGAGAAUGUCCUCCUGGUUCAUCUUGCACAGUGACCAGCUCGGCCUCACUGGAGCUUUGGUUUUUAGAAAUAAAAUGCAUGAAUUGCUGCUAUGCUGUAUACUAGUAUCCCAGUGAAACUCUGAGUUGGAAUGAUUCCCUCUGGUCCUGCAUGUGCAGAGCAUAGAGCCAAGCUCCAGCCCUCUGGAAGAUGAGCUCCCUCAAGGGGACGCAGGCCU